AUGGAACAGUCACCAUCCGCGCUGAACAAGGGUAGCGAACAAGGGCAACAUCAACCCACAAACGUGUCGAACAAUGGCAUCGAACAAGGGCAACAUCAACCCACAUCGGCAGCAAACAAGGGCAGCGAACACCAUGAAUCUCAUAGCUCUGAGGUUCAAGUUCUAAUGCUGGAUUCUCAUCCCACAAAACAGCAAACGAAGCAGGAAACAAAGGAAAAUCCAUCAGCAGCAGCGCUGAUCAAGCGCUGGCAUCAGUGGAACCUUAAAGGAAUGAUGUUGCGUCGCCGCUAUCACUCCUCCAAUGGACGUUGUUCAUCGAUCAACAAUGGAGGAAGGUUUCCGGCAUCAAGCGACGGGCAGAAUCCCAAGUCAGCGCUCCUGAGCCAAUCGAAUUCCGAAUUUCCAAAUUCGAAUGCGGAAAGGACGCAAUCUACUCCAGAAAAUUCUUCUGAUUUUGAUUCUUUAAAUUCAAAUUCAAAUCCCAGUUUGUCUGCCGCACCUAACGUGUCUUUAAUGCCUCGCGCUUCUCUCUCAGUUACACAUGAAGAAGAGUUGAAGUUGAAGUCAAUCACCUCACAAGCUGAUCCGCAACUGCGUCACGCGUCAACCGCUGAUAUUGCGCAGUCAAUGCCAAAUUUAAACAUGGUAAAUUCUACUGCAGAUAUUCUACCGCAACAUCCUAUUUUAAACGUAGUGAAUUCUAACUCAAAUUCACCUCUACCGCACCCCUCUCCCUCAAAAUCUGAAGACAUGUUCCCUCAAAAUAACUCAGCCACCAGCUCCACACAAAAACUGAAUCCCGCUACAGCCGAAUUUAAUUACUCUCCUCGACCACAAGUUCCUCUUCUACAAGUUCUACUCCCUAUUGCAGUCCCGGAUCACAAACAUUAUUCAAAGGAUGACACGGAGAUAGGGGAGCAUAUAGAGUCGUCAGGAACAGGUUUCUCAAUUGAUCACAUUCAUUCCGAGGGUGAACAAAAUCAAAUUUAUAAGGAUUCGGAAGAUGAAGAAUUUGACAUGGAACGGGCAUUGGAACGAGAAUCUUUUUAUAGUGAAAUUUCUACUCCGACAUAUCAUAAUAAUUCGAAAAAAGCAAGGCUAAAUCAAAAGUUAAAGUUCGUCAAUCGGCUAGAUUAA